CAGAGCUGAUAGAAGGUUCCUUCUAUUUUUUUGCUGUUUCGAAAAUAUAAUCCUUUUCUUCCAGUUUCUGCUCAUGAUCGGUGUAUUUAAUUAAUAGUCUUUCAUAUUUUCGUACCGCCUGGCAUCCGCAUAACAGCACUUACAGCAGACGUACAAUGUAUUACCACGUCCUUAUCAUUCGAAAACAUCGUUUAUGGCACUUCAGCCAUUACGUGUAUUUUGUAAUUUCUUACUCUUUGGACCACACCGUCUGGAUAUCGCUGUUUCAAGAUGUUCCACUGCAUCGAAUGCAGCCGUGAUUUUCACCUGGCUCCGUGCUGGAUCCAUGCGCGCACCAUUCCCGAUCGACCCAGCAUUCCUCUUGCGAUUAGCAGCCUGCCCGAGGAGCUGUAUUUUGAGCCUGCAGAUGGAACGGCGGAGCAAAAUGGCAUACUGCUUCCUGAUCACAAAUCCGUGUACACGCGCUCAUCCAUCCCCGCACAGACUGUUUUUGGACCGGUCAUCGCGCCGUCGGUCCAUUCCGAAUUCCAAACGGAUGGUCCGCCACCAACUGCCAAAAGAUUCGAGUGUUUCCAGUUUGAGAAUGAUUAUUUCUGCAACUGGAUGAAAUACGUCCGCAUCGCCGCGACCAGCGAAGAGCCGAAUAUGGCCGUGUGUUCCCGCGAUAAUGAUGUUAUGUUUGUCACAACACGCGCCAUUGAUCCCGGGGAGGAAUUAAAGAUCCAUUUUCCUGUGGAUUUGGCAGCGCAUGUACAGGAUAAUGCGGCUUCUGUGUUUCACCAUACACCGAAUAUCACUGUUGACUCUGACGAUGUCGGUAUGGAAGUUGUAACCACAACUACCACUAAGAGUGCGAGUGUGGAAAAGGCAGCAGCAACGGUUUCUCUGAAAAAUGCACGGGGUUUGCGAAAUGACGUAUUUCUUCCCACUUCGUCGGAAGCCCAUGCGGAGGUUGUUGUUUCUUGGGUGCCACGUAAAUCCGAAAUUCCGACCAAUGGUGCAUGUGCACAACCGGACGAGUACAGAGGGGCAGGGCUGCCUCUUGAUACUGAUUUUGAGGAGGAAAACGCCGACGAACGUUAUCCGCCUGUAGAUCUCCAUUGUUCGGAAGAGUUUUCUGGCCGUAGGCUCCGGCUCAGUACACGGAUCAGCGCUGUGAAAAGUCUUAACUCGUGCUCCACGGCCGCGGGAAGAAGUUUCGCGAGCACACAUUCCGCAGGCUUUAGUGGAAAUUUUGCAAAUAGCUUUCCGUGUUCAAGCUCGAACACAUUUCUCCCUUCAAGCGAGGGACAGUCGUCUAAUGAACCAGAAAAAAUUCACCAGGAGCGGAACUUUGAUGCGUCAAAUGGGUAUGCGGAUUAUGAUUCGGAUGCUACGGAAACGUGUUCCACAAGCUCCGCUAACUCUUAUGUGUCCUGCAGAGACGCAGUUGUCGUUGACAGUGAUGCCGAUGACGUUGUUGAUCAAACCGAAGAUCAUCAGACAGGAGAUGAGCAAUCUCCGGCCGACAAUUCUUUGAAUUUGUUAGAGGAGGCCAUGGCUAAAGCUGACAGCCAGGUUAAGAGAGGACGAGGAAGGCCAAAAAAGCAAGUAUCAUUAGACACUGAAAUUGUCAUCCAAAAUCCAUUCAAGAGGCCUAGGGGGAGACCAAGGAAAUCUGAAACUGUGGAUAAUGAAAUUAUUAUCGAUACCCCGAUUAAAAGAGGACGAGGGCGACCUCCAGGCACCAGAAACACUCCAAAAUUGCCACGCUCUCUUAUGGAUGACGAAAUGAUCGUUGAAAACCCAUUCAAAAGACCUCGAGGACGACCACCAGGCAGUACAAAAAAGCCGCCAAAAUUGCCGAGCUAUACCAGCAUUGUAAAACGCCCACGAGGUCGACCACGAAAGCAUCCUCGCCUUGCUGACAAUGAUGGGAUCACUGCUGUGAAUUCGGAGGAUACUGCUGGUGAAAUCAGUGGCGAAAUAGUAGAACAUAUGAUUCUCGAUGGUGAUAGCAGCGAAAACGCCCUCGUUGAUAAUUCUUAUGGUGAAAUCGCUUGUACCGAAAGUGGCAUUGGCGAAAAUGGCGCCGAUGAUGUCGAUGGUGCCGGUAAUUACGGCGAGAAUGAACCUACGAGCAGUGCUCCGAUCAGCGGAAUGGCUAGUGGAAAUGUUGACGCCAGUAUUGCCGAUCCUGUGAUGGAAAAUGAUACUUUGAAUGUCAGUUCCGACCGUGGUGAUUUUAUUUCUUCGAAAACGAUCACCCGACGAUCUAAGCGUGCUAUUAAACCAACUACAAACCGGAUAGUGGUGAAACUUCCAAAUCCAGAACGACGGCAAACACGAACACAGACAAGACUGUUGGAGGCGCUGGAAGCUAAGAAGCUCAGAGCUAAGCAGAAAUACUAUAAAAAUAGAAAAUAUUACUAUAAAAAAUCAACAACUGCGAAAACCUCCAACGUGCAGCUGGGCAGAACGUACAAGAAAUCGAAAUCCAUGAAAAAGAAGAAACCUAAGCCAAACGCACAGUACAUGGGGACAGAACGCGAAAAACUUAGAGAAGACUACGAAGCGUUUCUGUAUCGUUAUCAGUGCCCGGCAUGUCCGCUGCGGUUCUACAGCACCCGACUGCUGUCAUUCCAUCGCUACCAACACGGAACGGAAUUGGAAAACGGGGAUGCUGCGCCGGUGAAGUGCAUCGACUGCAAUCACAAGUGUGAGAAUCAAGCCGAGCUGGCGAAACAUGUGGACGAACAUGGUGUCAUUCUGGACGACAAUGCGGCCGUCAUUAGAUCCGAUCCGGAGCACGCUGACCACCCCCAUUGCUAUUUUCAUCCCUGCAGCAACGUUGAUUGCCGGCGAUGGUUUUGUACAGAAUUUUUGUUGAAGCAGCAUCGCUUGGUGCAUUGUGCGGGAUUGCCGGUGCCAAGUGAUUCACUGGUCUGCUCGCAGUGCAAUUACGUGGCCACGGAUAGUGUUAACCUAGCGGAGCACAUCACCGGACACGGAGUGCGAGCUGGCGAUCCGCAGUGUAUUUGUUCUGUGGGUGGAUGUAACGCUCCCUUCCGCUCCUCCAACAGUCACACUACUCCUUCUAUGGUCGAGCACACACGAGCGAGUCAUCCGGAACAUUUUAAAAAAAUAUCCUUGGAUUUUCCUUAUCAGUGUACCCGCUGUUUCCUACGUUAUCCCUCGGAGCUGGUCCUGAAGCGACAUCAAUGUACAAAGAGAGUACUGCAGUGUUAUAUGUGUGCCAAACGCUUCAAAAAGAAAAAGGAACUGCUGGAGCAUGUGGAGAAACAACAUGUAAAGGAUAGUAAAUAUCCCUGUCCGAGCUGUGAUUUUCUAUCGGUCAGCUACAAAUCCAUCUUGAUCCAUAUUAAAAAGAACCACGAUGUCUCACAGCUGCAUGUGUGUGAAGUCUGCCAAAAGAUCAUCAAAAACAGGUUCCAGAUGAAAUGGCACAUGAAAACGCAUACCCAAACGUUGAACUACUUGUGCGAUUCCUGUGGGAAGCGUUUUAAUACGUCCAAAUAUUUGCGACAACAUGUCAAGUACAUGCACGGAACGGAAAUGCGCGUGAAAAUCAAAGAGAAAUUGCUGGCGAAACAGAGCCGCGGGGAAGUGCCGUCGCGGAACAGCCGGAAAGAUUUAGCGCUGGAGGAUUAUCCCUAUCGCUGUGAAGAAUGCCGGGUUGGUUUUCUGCGGCCGGGGCCGCAUGCACGUCACAUGCAUGAAAAGCAUCCACCGUAUUAGAAUAGAUUUGUUCUAUGAAUUUUGCGAAUCUUUGUUGUGAUGGGCUGUCUUUCAUUUCAAAUGGUAACUCUUUUAGGUUAGGUGGUUAUGUCUUUCUGAGCUUAGUAAAAGAAAUAUUUUUAGAGUUCUGCGUUUUAGGUUUGAUUGUAUUGUCGAUUAAUGUUUUGUUUGUUUUUGACUCAGGGUGCCAACGGCGCGUUAAUGUUAAAAUAAUGUGUCCAUCUUGUACAGUACUUAGCAUUAGCUUGCAAAAGCUUUGGUUUAUGAAGCAACCACUAUUACCUAUCUGUUUUUUUUGUUGGUUUGAAUUUCGUUGGAGAUCUCUGCUGUUGACUGGGAGUCUGUGAGAAGCGUUAAACCUGACUUU